CUGUACUGCAGGUCAGCGGUGAAAAGUUUGUGUUAUCUGCGGACACUUUGAUCAUUCUACUGGAGCAGAAGUUUGACUGACAGGUGAAGAUGAACGGGGUGGUAACACAGCGGCACAUGGGGCCUUUUCUACCAGAAAUUACUGCCCACAGCAACAAACAGAGGCGAAGUACUCAGUACAGCAGGAUGAAGCAGAAGAAGGGGUCUCUCCAAACCGGAUCACUAUCAGACUCUCAGAUCCUCUCCAAGACAGAGAUUUCACUGUUCAGAAGCAGUCGAAAGCAGAACAUCUGUGUGGAGAUGCUUCAAGAAGGCUAUCACAGGUCGUUCUCUGAGCUGUUCGGACUGCUGAGCUCUGAUCAGGAUCGGAGGAUUGCGGCUGAACCAGGUUCAGCUGUCAGGCUUCAGACUCCGCUGGACGAACAAUGGGAUAAACUGGAGACAAUGAGAUUGCACCUGUGCCAGGCCGAGCAGGCUGAAAGGAUCGGUUCCUGGUCGGUGGUGUGUGAACAGCGUCUGGUUUUGGGUCAGUACUUCUCGGCUCCGGAGGACCUCUGGCUCAGUUUUCAUUUCUACCACAGCUGUGUAGACAGAAAGCAAGGAGGCUGUUCGAGACCAGCAACAGAGGCCCGGGCAUGCAUGGCUGAGCUCUACCUGCAACAAGGUGAGCUGGAGCAGGCGAGGCAACAGGCAGAGCAGUGCAUCAAGCAGGCAGAAGACGGCGGCUGGAUAGACUCAGCCGGUCGGCCCCUGAGGCUCCUGGCCCGCCAAGCACUGUGGAGGAUUUACAGCCGGCUGGCCGACGCUUCGCUGGAUGCCAAAGACUACAACGAGGCCCUGAAGCUGCUCCACAAGGGCUACAGCACGGCUGCUGAGUCUGAAGACAAACAGAUCGAAGGGGAGGCCUCCUAUCGACUGGGACUGACCUAUCAGAAUGCAGGACACCAUGACACAGCCAAACAGUUUUUCAACACUUGCAUUCAGAUAUAUGGCACACUGCAGGAUGAAGACAAACUGGGAAGGUCCUACAUGGCUAUGGCCAAGUCUUUAGAGAGUGAGGGAAACAUAGAUGAGACAGUCCAGUGUCUGAACAAGUUAGCUGACAUCUCCCGUAACAACGGACUGCAGAACAACCUGGUGGACGCCUACCUGUAUCUGGGAAAUAUCUACUAUACGAUGGGUCAGUAUGAGAGAGCUUGUGAGUACUUCCUGCAGGGUUAUGAAGUUGCCUGCGACCUGGAGGAUGUGGCUCUGCUGCAGAAAGCACAGGUGUUGGUGGCCAGUGCUCGCGCUCACUCCCUCAUCAGGAAAUACAGCGCUGACGUGGUGUCGGCCACGCCUACCGCCGUGCGCCGCCUCUUGGCCUGGAAAGAGACCAGAGGACGUCAGGAAAUCAGCACAGACUCAACAGAUAAUACUGCUGCUGUCUGGUACUAACUCAUCACCAGGUAAUGAUAAUGGUGGAUACAGAUGCUCUAUAAAAAGGAAAGCUUGGUGUAGGAAUGUAGGGAAACACACCUUCAGCCUUUCAUGCAUUGUUAGCAUCGACUGGCAUUUUACAAUAAAUAAACAGAAAAAGUAGUACAUACA